AUGCCAAAUCCCGAAAGCUUCCUUAUCCCUUGUACUGUAGGGACCAUCACCUUUGAGAAGGCACUGUGGGACCUGGGUUCCAGCAUUAACCUUAUGCCUCUCUUUAUGAUGAGGAAACUGGGGAUCCAAGAGGUACAGCCUACAAGAAUCUCACUAGAGAUGACUGAUAAGUCCCUGAAACAGGCAUAUAGCAUGGUGAAAAACGUCCUUGUAAAGGUUAAAAACCUUUACCUCCCUGCAGAAUUUGUGAUACUUGAUACUGGGGAGGACAAAGACAACCCCAUCAUCCUUGGAAGGCCCUUCCUAGCUACUGCAAAGGCCUUGAUUGAUGUGGAAAAGGGAUAG